AUGAGAGCAACGCCAUACUAUCAAGAUAAUAAUAAUUUCCACAAUUUUAUUAAUUCACCUCAACAACUUCCUUCAAAUUCACAAAUUUAUAGUAAUAAUAUUCAACAACAACAACCACCACCAUCAACUCAAUCUCAACCUCAACAACCUCGUCAUACUUCUUCGAAAUCUUUUGAUUUUAGUUCCUUAAGUGCAGAAUUACCCCCAAACACUGGUCCACCAGGUUCAGUACCAAUUACAAAUGGUUUACAAUCUUCAAAUAAUAAAAAUUUAAGUCAUGUACCUUGUAAAUUUUAUAAACAAGGUAUAUGUCAAGCUGGUGAUUCAUGUCCUUUUAGUCAUAAUAUUGAAGGUGCUUUAGCUGCUGAUAAAAUUCCAUGUAAAUAUUUUUUAAAGGGGAAUUGUAAAUUUGGUUUGAAAUGUGCUUUAGCUCAUUAUUUACCUGAUGGUACAAGAGUUAAUCCAAAAAAUUAUAUUUUCAAUCAGAAUCAAAAUAGUAAUGGUUAUAAUAAUUAUACUCAUAAACAACAACAACAACAACAACAACAGCAGCAACAAUAUCUGCAACAACAAUUUUUGCAACAACUGCAAAUCUCUCAAAAACAACCACAAAUUUAUAACCAACAAAAUAUUAGUAGUACUUCACCAGAUCACUAUCCACAAUCUCAAGAAGAGUAUAAUCCAAUAAAUAUUUCGCCAACUAUAAAUUAUAAUCAUAUAUCUUUUAAGAAUGAUUCACAAGUAAAUAAUAGUCAAGGUCCAAUUACAUUCAAUUCAAUAUCAAAUGAUAGUCUUGCAAGAUCAAGUUCGUUUAAAAGUUUUUCUAAUAGUAAUAACAAUAAAGAUUCAAGUUUAAAUUCGUCACCUGUUGCUCAAACAAGAACUAAUACUAAUCAAUAUAAACCAAUAACUCAUCAAAAUAAUUAUCAACCGUUUGGUUCUAAUCCAAAUUCAACUUCAAAUUCAUAUUCAAAUAGUUUUAAUCUCAAUAGUUCUAAUUUUUUCAAUAAUGACAAUUUAAAUCCAAAUUCAAAUAUUCCAACAAAUUCUUUGAAUCAACCAUUAGCAAAAUUGAGUAGAUCAUAUUCAACUGGAUUGAAUAAUUCAAACUCAAUAUCACCACCAAAUCAAUUCUUUAAUUCAAGUUUAAAACAACAACAAUUUCCAUCAUAUACUCAACAACUGCAAGAUUUUACUCCAACUUCGAGAUAUUCCUUCAACUCUCAAACUUAUAGUGGUGAAUUUGGUUCAUUUAAGAAUUCAAUUCAAGAAGGUCAACAGUAUAAUUUUAGUUCGUCAGCUGUGUUUGAUGAAGAUGAUGAAGAUCAAUCACACAAUAAUCAUACAAACCAAAAUGAAGACGAUGAUGAUGAAGACGAUGACGAUGAUACUCAUUACGAUUUACACAAGGAUAAUGGAGGAGCAAGUAGUACAAGUAACAAUAGUAAUGGUAGUAGAUCAACAAACAAUGUUGAAAACGGUAACAACAAUAUUUUUGAAGAAGAUUUUUUACCAAGCUCAUUAGCUGAUGUAUUAUUAACACCACAAGAAUUACAAAGAAGAGAUUCAAGAUCUCAAAGUGGUACUUUGAAUAUUAGACCAAAUUUCAAUAACUUUAGAAAAAGUUAUAUUAGCAAUAGUAAUGUUAAAGAUGAUGAUAAAAUAUUAAAUCAUGAAGAUGUAUUUUUAAUGGAAUGA